CGUUGUCGUCAAGCCACUGAAGAAGAAGAUGCAGAUCUUCGUGAAGACCCUGACCAGGAAGACAAUCACGCUGGAGGUGGAGAGCUUCGACACCAUCGACAACGUCAAGGCCAAGAUCCAGGACAAGGAGGGGAUCCCGCCCAACCAGCAGCGGCUCAUCUUCGCCGGGAAGCAGCUGGAGGACGGCCGCACCCUCGCCGACUACAAUAUCCAGAAGGAGUCCACCCUGCACCUUGUUCUCUGCCUCCGUGGUGGCAAUUUCUGAAGAGACGGGCAUGUUCUAUUUAUGAUAAAAGUUAGGGACUUCUCAUGCGAUUUCAUCUUGGUUUCAUGGAGCUUGAAAGUAGCCAUCUUUAGGCAGGAUAAGCCUGUAGGUCAUUGCUGGUUCUGGUGUAGUUUUUCUUUUACGUGAAUAAAUGAAUGAGUGAACUUUUGAAUAA